CCCUCCAUGUCAUUGUACAGUUAUUGGACCCACCCUCCAAAUAAUUGGAUUCAGGUGUUCCAAUCCCCUCCAUAUCAUGUGAUUCAGGUGUUCCAAUCCCCUCCAUAUCAUGUGAUUCUGGUGUUCCAAUCCCCUCCAAAUAAUUGGAUUCAGGUGUUCCAAUCCCCUCCAUAUCAUGUGAUUCAGGUGUUCCAAUCCCCUCCAUAUCAUGUGAUUCUGGUGUUCCAAUCCCCUCCAAAUAAUUGGAUUCAGGUGUUCCAAUUCCCUCCAUAUCAUGUGAUUCAGGUGUUCCAAUCC